CCGUGGUUAUAAAAAAUUAGCAUCAUCAUAUGUUGAGUUCAAUAACUUAUGAGAGGUGUAAAUGCAGACUUAAACAGCAGGGGUCUAGUUGUAUUUCGUGCGCAAUUGUUUUAACACGUUUACUCUGUAGAAUUGCAGCCUAUUGAGUCACCGACCAACCUCGGUCGAUAAACCGUAGUGAGGGUAAACAUUAUUCGUCGUUCGGUCGUUGAUCACUUAAGAAGCACAAUAAACAAUUUAGGAUGCUGUUUCAUACGUCAGUUAACUUAUCAUCCGAUUCUUGUGUACAUGUGUAUACCUAUAUACAUAUGUGCAUACAUAUGUCUGUAUACGGACUCUAGGUUGUAACGGAAAGAAAGUGUUUCGUUUUAUUUGCACCUAGUACAUUUCAUCUAUAUAAUCAGAAUUUUCGAUCAAAAUAAUUUUUCAAAGAAAUAAAACCAUUGUUAAUUACUUAAUAUAUGAAUUAACAUUGAUUGAAACUGAUCAUUAAUUUGGAAGGGUUUAAAAAUACGAAUAAACCGCUCGAAUUAACCAUUUAAAGUUGACGCAUAGAAACAAUAUAAAGCGGUAUCGACAGAAGCUAUUGUGUACAGUUUUUGGGAUUUUGACGUUUUAUAUAUUAAUUUCACUUUUCUAAGAGAUGAGAUUGAAGCGGUUUUUACUACGAUAUUAUCCGCCAGGUAUAAUCCUUGAAUAUGAACAAGGAGGGCAAAUGAAGACAAAGACUCUCGAUCUUCUGGAUUUAAGUCCCGAGAUGAACACUGAGAUUUUGGCGAAAGAUUUAUCGAAGAAAGAACCUCUCAUUACUGAAGCCAGGAUUGGCCAAGUGCAAAAUCUAAUUAAAAAGUUGCAAUACAAAAUAUCCAACAUUGUCGAUCAUCAAUAUUAUUUGUUUAAAGUUUUAAGAGCCCAUAUCUUACCGCUUACAAAUAUUGCUUUUAACAAGUCUGGCUCGUGUUUUAUCACUGGAAGUUAUGAUCGAACUUGUAAAAUAUGGGACACAGCUACAGGGGAUGAGUUACAAACAUUAGAAGGUCAUCGUAAUGUGGUGUAUGCCAUUGCUUUUAAUAAUCCAUAUGGAGACAAGAUAGCAACUGGAAGUUUUGAUAAAACUUGUAAGUUAUGGAACGCAACAACUGGUCAAUGUUAUUUUACGUACCGAGGCCACACAGCUGAAAUAGUGUGUUUGUCAUUCAACCCACAAAGCACCAUAGUAGCCACUGGUUCCAUGGAUGCCACAUCUAAGUUAUGGGAUGUACAGAGUGGAAAUGAACUCGCAACGUUAUCAGGCCACUCUGGUGAAAUCAUCUCACUUGCUUUCAACUCACGAGGUGACCAGAUGCUCACUGGUAGUUUCGACCACACUGUGGUGUUAUGGGAUGUGAAUACAGCGCAACAAACCAACACACUGAUUGGACAUAGAGGGGAGAUAUCUACAGCACAAUUCAAUUAUGAUUGUUCACUGAUUGCAACUGCUUCUAUGGAUAAGUCAAGCAAGUUAUGGGACAUAAGGACAGGUCAAUGCAUUGGAACCUUACGUGGCCACAGUGAUGAAGUGUUUGAUAUCGGCUUCAACAGCACUGGUCAACAAAUUGUCAGUGGAUCAGCAGAUGGCACAGCCCGUACAUACGACGCAGGAACGCAGAAGUGUCUUCAUGUGUUUGAGGGGCAUGAGGGGGAAGUAUCCAAAGUAUGUUUUAAUCCACAAGGCCGGCGUAUACUUACGGGCUCAACUGAUAAAACUGCAAGACUUUGGGAUGUUAGUAAUGGUGAAUGCUUGCAAGUGUUUGAAGGCCACACAGAUGAAAUAUUUAGCUGUGUGUUUAACUAUGAAGGUGACACCAUACUAACAGGUAGUAAGGAUAAUACAUGCAGGAUUUGGAGAUGAUUUACAUUAUAUGCAAAGCUAUGUACGCUUCCACACUAAUAUAAGCAUUGCUUGUUCAUAUGUAUUUAUUAAAAUGCUUGCUAUUGGAACAAUUUACCUUUUGUGUUAGGUUUAAUUCUGACUAAAAUAAAUCUUGGUUCAUAAAACACUGCUUCGUGAAAAAAAAUUACCUGAAAAUAUGACAUAGUGGGCUGCAUACUUAUUUCGCAAUUUAAUAAAAGUUGAAUUCAAAAUGCAACAGUAAAUUACAAGGAGUGAUUUAGAAGCUUCUAUUACUGUAUACAAAUAUGUUGUUUUGCAUUCCAUAACUUAAUAACUCAUGUUUGUGUAUUAUGCUGCUUGGUACUGCUGUAUUAAAACUUCUAAAAGUCCUAUUACAUGUUUUAUUACCAAUAUUCAUACUCCAACAAAUUUGUAUUGAUACAAUUCAUAUAACAGAUUACUGUGAAUGAUUGAGUUAGUGUGUUUAUGUUGUCUCGUACUAAGUGUUAUGUAUCCUGGUAUUUCUAUACUGUAUAUGUGCCUUGCUUCAUACUUUGGUUUUUAAUUAAAUUUUAUCAGAC